AAGGACUAUCAUAGAACAGGUAAAUGUGACACGUUCCUGCAGAAAACUUUCCAAUGAAGUUCAUCCUCUGCUUCUUACUGUUAACUGGUCUUCAAGGCCUUUGUCAUCAGCUCCCAGGACAUCAUGAGGAACAGGAGCAGAGUGGAGAUAAAAACCCACCUGAACCUCAGCAUCAGCCUCCAGCAGAAAGACAGGAAACCGAAACAACUAGCUUCAAAAAGAUAGUCAUACCAAAUGCAGAAUAUGCAUUCAGAUUAUACAAACUCAUCGCUUCAGAUCCAUCUCCCCAAAAUGUCAUUUUCUCUCCUUUGAGCAUCUCCACAGCCUUUGCUAUGCUGAUGCUUGGAGCUAAAAAUGAAACCCAUCGUCAGCUUUUCAAUGGACUUGCUUUCGACCUCUCAGAUGCUGAAGAGAAUGAGAUCCAUGGAGCAUUUAACCAAGUCAUCCACACACUUAACCAACCCAAUAAUAUCACAAAGAUGGAUAUUGGGAACGCUUUGUUCAUAGAAGAGUCAUGGAAAUUGGAUCCCAAAUUUCUGAACAAUGUCAAAACCCUGUAUGAAGCGGAUUGCCUUCCAACUUGCUUCAGGAAUACCACAGCAGCAGAAAACAAGAUAAACGAUUAUGUAAAGAACAAAACGAAUGGGAAAAUCCCUCAAGCAAUCCAAGGACUAGAUGAAAGCACUGCAAUGGUUCUUCUAAACUAUAUCUUCUUUAAAGCAUGUUGGAGAAAUCCUUUUAGCUUUGAAUUGACCACAGAAACAGAUUUCUUUGUUGAUGCAACCACAACAGUGAAGGUCAACAUGAUGUACCGAAAAGGUGACUAUGAUUUUCUUCAAGAUGAAGACUUGUCUUGUUGGGUGGUCAGAGUUCCUUACAACGAAGAUUACACAGCAUGGUUUAUUCUGCCGGACCAGGGAAAACUGAAGGCUGUGGAGAAUGCUUUGUCAAGACAAGUUUUUCAAAAAUGGAUGACAUCUGUCAAAAUGAAUGAAAUACAUUUGCAUAUUCCAAAAUUUUCCAUUUCUGGAUCCUAUGAUGUCAAAGAUUUAUUGCAGAAACAGGGUGUGAAGAAUGUCUUCAAUGAUGAUGCUGAUCUGUCUGGGAUUACUGGCAAACCCAACGUGAAGGUUUCCAAAGCUGUUCACAAGGCUGUGCUGGAUGUUCAUGAGGGAGGGACCGAGGCAGCAGCAGUCACAGUUAUGGAGUUUGAAUCUUUGCGAUUCCCUCCUCCUCCCACAAUCGAAUUUAAUAGAUCAUUCAUAAUGGUCAUUGGUCAUAAGCGACUACAGCACUACAUCUUCAUGGCAAGAGUUACUGACCCAACUGCCAAAUAAAUCUUCCAUGAAAACCCAGAAGCAUACAAUUGCUCCUUUCUGGUUGGUUUCCCCUUCUUUGUUGUAGACAAAAGGCAGCCUUGCAUUUCCCUGAGAGUCUUCCUGUAUUUCCUAGGUCCUUUUCCAUUGUUCCAAGAGCUACCAUUUUAGAUGCUCUUUGCUUCUCUGCGUAAGACACAGACCUCCGCCUUUCUCUAUCAGAAACGAGUGUAUCUUUCUGCACCAGCUGGAGACAGCAGGAAGGGCCUCCUUUCUGAAGUUCUACCAGAAAGAACAAGUGCCCUACAGAACUAUGUGCUGAGAACAUACAGUUUCUGAAGUGCAGACAAGGCCCCAGGAGGGUCCAGUCUGGCUUAUCGCCUCAGGGGCACUUUCAGUAUGCACAGAACAUUCUGAAACAUUAUGGUGUCAGAGGUAGUUGUUCUGAACUGGGUAUGAGAAAGGACCCCCAUCUCACACCUUCUCCAGAGGGUGUGACCCUGCUAGCAGCCCCCGUCUCACCUGUAGCAACAACAAGCUCUGAAUUUGAUUCUCUUUUCCAUUUUUAAUUUUUGGGAAGCUCCCCAUUCUCAUGUUGUAGCACUUCCCAUACUCAGGACUCCAGCACACACAAGCAGCAAUCCCUUCAUUUUAUUUUGCUAGGAAUACACGUUUGUGUGCUUGACAUGAAAGGGGGAUGCCCCAAGCAUCCAAGGCGAUACAAAAUAUAGGCUAUUUGAAUAAGAGCAGUUGAAUCUCACAAAGACUGGUAUUGGGCUUGGUGUGAAUCAGUUUGUUCAUAAAUGAUCCGAAAUUAGGGGUAAGCAGUACACAGUGGCUAGGAUUACAGAUGACACAAAAUCGUUUAGGAUGGUGUAAACCAUGGCUAAGUGAGAUUCUUGGGAGAACUCCAAGAGCAUAUCCCUAAAUGGGAUAAGUAGGCAACAGUGCGAUCAAAGAAGCUAAAGUGUUAGGUAAAUGCACACUAAAAUAAAAAAUGUAAUAUUCAAGGAUAUAUUGAUGGGCUCUAAACUGGUUGACACUGAAAGGGAAACACACCUUGGGAUCAUAGCAGAUAGCAUAGUGAAAAUGUUGGCACAGGAAUGUCUAAGAGUGUGUCUUCCUGCCCAAAGGUGGAAUGGGGUGUGCGUGUGGAAAUGACGUUGUCACUGUGGGGGAUUUCGUGUUUUUCCUGUUUUAUUGUAUUCAGUUCUGACAGUAAAGUCAUCCACUUUUCUAUGCAUGAAAUCAAUAAAGAAGAAUUCUGCUUUCAAAA